UGAUGUCAUCGGAGGAGGAGGCCGAUCGCGCGCCCUACUCCGAUAGACUGCUCAAGAAACACAAACGCGUCAGACAGCGCGUGGACGCCGGCGAGCCGCGCAAUUCUUACUCGACCCUCGCGACGAACGGACCGCCCGCGCGCGUCACACACAUGAGCGGCGGACUGUACGGCGCCAUCUUCGACGGCCGCCAACACUUCGGGCUGUUCGCGCCCGGAUACGCCCCGGCGGAGAUGCUCAACGAGCUGCUGGGCCGCGCGCCGCGCCCCGAGGACAGCGGCGACGACGCGCCCGCUGGCGAUAUAGCGCACCGUGUACUGCGCGACAUCCUUCAGAGCCGCAAGAAGGAGCUGCUGCGCCUUUCGCCUGACAACAACAACGUGCUGGCUGACAACAACAACGAGCCCAAAGUGAAGCGCUCGCCCGAGAGGCCUGCCUCACGCGACUCCCGCCCCGACCUCGACGAAGCGCUGCUCGCGCUCGAGGGCGCCGGCGACUCGCGUACCUCGCCGCCGCUUGCGCACUCCGAACCGCUGUUGGCGCCAAAGUCCGAGCCCGAGGACCGCGACAGUGACGUGCAACGCUCCUCGCCCCGACCCCUCGAUGUGAAACGUGCUCGUGUUGAAAAUAUAGUGUCUACGAUGCGUUCGAGCCCCGUCCCGCAGCAGCCGCAAGUGAACGGCUGCAAGAAACGGAAGUUGUACCACCCGCAGCAGCACGACGGCGCAGCGGAGCGGUACGGCGCCAGCCACGGUGGCAGCGCGCGCACGGUGUCGGACGAUUCGGAAGACGACGGCGAGCGGCCCAUACAACAAAAGUUAGUAGAAAAAAAUGCUUUAAAAUCACAGUUAAGGACUAUGCAAGAACAAUUAGCUGAAAUGAAAGAAAAAUACUUGGAAUUGUGCAAUCGUAUGGGACACGAAUCGGAGACUGUAGAUAAUGAUGGUGCGUCUAGUGAUGUAGAGCAGACCGAAGACCAGGUGCCGAAAUCGGAGCCUCCUUCGCCCGCGAAAGAAGUGCCUCCUCCGAUACCGACUAGUGUCGCCCCUAACGUGCUCACUCAGGUGAUGAAUAAAAUGAUGUCUGCGAAAAUCCAUGGGCAUGGUGGGCCUCAUCCACAUCUACCACCCAAUUUCAACGGUGCGCUACCUCUCAUGCCUCACCUGCCUCCCAAUGAGCACAUGCAUCCGCCGCAUCCCCAUCAGCAUCUCAACAAUGCGGCGGCCAUGUAUGCUAUUAAUGUCGGCCAGAAGCUGUUUCUAGAACAAGAGGCCCGGAUGAAAGAAGUCGCGGAGCAGCAACAAAAUAACCAGCAACAGAGGCCACAGUCCACUCAACAUUCCCCGCAACAGAGACAAAUGGGACCGACUCCAAAACCACCUAUGUCGACAGAGCUCGCCGAUAGACUAGAUGCCCUACGUAGUAACGCAGGCUCUGUGGGUCCCGUAUCGGGUGCCGAUUUGGAAGGGCUGGCCGAAGUACUUAAAAACGAGAUCUCAGCAUCUCUGACGACCUUGAUCGAUUCCAUCGUCACGCGAUUCGUGCACCAGCGUCGGAUCAUGGGCAAGCAAUCGGAAGCGGCAGCGGCUGCGGCGGAGCAGCUGAACAAAGACUUGAUGCGGGCGACACGGAUGAUCGAGCGGAAGUCGCCGACGUUGAAGCAAGAGCGGUCGUCGGGACAGAUGUCAGGUAAUACCCCUGUUCAUCACCAAGGUGCGCCCAACGGCGUGCCCUUUAUGACACACAAUCAAUUGUUGAUGAGUCAGAUGAACGGCCCGCGAGCGCCGAGCGCGGCAUUUCCGCUGCACGGCGAGGCGAGCGGGCCCGGCCAUGGCGCUCACGUCCGCCCUCCCACAGGAAUGUUCCAGACGCCGCCAAAGCUGGGUCCACUGUACGGCCCCAUGAACGGACACUACGAGCGCGAACCCAACCCCGAGCAGAACGAGGCCCUAAGCCUAGUCGUAGUCCCCAAGAAGAAGCGGCAUAAGGUAACGGACACGCGGAUCACGCCUCGAACCGUCAGCCGGAUCCUUGGUGAGGGCGUGGGACAAUCCCCUGAAUCCCCGUCUCCGCGACCGUUCCCGGGAGGCAUGGCGCUGCCGACAUCCGUGGCGAUACCGAAUCCAUCGUUGCACGAGAGCCAAGUCUUCUCGCCCUACUCACCUUUCUUCGGAGCGGGAGGCGGGCUGGCGCGGUCUCCGCCGGCACCCGAGCGGGAUUCACCACCGCUGCCGCACCCGCCGGCGCUGUUGCACCCUGCGCUGCUGGCGCAGCACGCCUCGCCCGACUACUUGCGGCACCACCACGCACUCAGCCACAGCCUGCCUGGACCGCACCACCCGCAGCACAUGGACACGCAAGACCCGCACUCCGACUGCAACUCCACCGACCUCGCCUUCGACGGAGUGCAGCCUACUUCUUCAACACUGACGCCGAUGCACCUUCGCAAAGCAAAGCUGAUGUUCUUCUGGGUGCGGUAUCCAAGCUCUGCUGUCCUCAAGAUGUACUUCCCCGACAUCAAGUUCAACAAGAACAACACAGCGCAGCUCGUCAAAUGGUUCUCGAACUUUCGGGAAUUCUACUACAUUCAGAUGGAGAAGUACGCGCGGCAGGCGAUCAGCGAGGGCUUGAAGGCGGCUGACGAUUUACACGUGGCCGGUGACUCAGAGCUCUACAGAGUGCUCAACCUCCACUACAACAGAAACAACCACAUUGAGGUGAGCAAUGUGCCACCAAACUUCAGAUACGUGGUGGAGCAAACGUUACGGGAAUUCUUCCGCGCGAUCCAAGGCGGCAAGGACACGGAGCAGAGCUGGAAGAAGUCCAUCUACAAGGUGAUCUCUCGCCUCGACGAUCCCGUGCCUGAGUACUUCAAGUCGCCGAACUUUCUCGAACAACUCGAGUGAAUGUCGCCUCAGCAACGGCGCAAACGCUUUCGACCAACGAAAUUUUUUGGAAAUCUAAAAUAAAGAUUGGAAAAUUAUGGUUUAGCACAACAAAAUUUUUACGACACUCGCAUUUAGGCCUUCAGAUUCAAAAUUAUCGAUAAAGAAAAAAUAAAAUAUUAAAUUAAAUUAUAAAAAAGUUUGUACGUUGAGGUCGUGCGGCGCUCCACUAGGAAAUUCAUUAGGUUAUAACGAGUAAGAGAAAAUUUUAAGUCACCUAGAAUUUUAUUUCUGCACAUAAUAU